GGAUCUGAUUGGAGGACGCCAUGGGGAAGGAAGUUUGCCAGCUAGUCCGGCGCAUAGUCCUUUAAAAGAGAAAUAUAUCAAAACGGUACACGAACAGCGUUUUCCUUUACAGUUUUAUUGUGGUAUUUAGAUUUGCUGCGGUAAGAAAGGAUGCGGUUUUUUAAAAUCACAUUGUUGGCUUUUUUCUUGAAUAUUAUACUGGCUGUCACAAGACGCUGGUUCCGUUUGAAGCUGCUUCCCUUGCAGUGCGAGUCACGAGUUUUCUCAGGUGAAUCUUUGUUUGAGUUUUCCAGUAAGGAGCGCAUGAAUUAGUACGGUCCGGGACAGGCUGUUUAUUCAAGUCAACUGCUUGUAUUCGGCUCAGGAGCCAACCGCUGUUAAAAUUUCACCCGCAAUUUGCUGUGGUGGUCGAUAACGCUUUCUAUUGAUUUUGUUGCUCCGAAUGAAUAUUUGAACAAUGAUUUCCUUGGAAGAAGUGAGGUCCCGCUUGGAACUGGCCGGCCAGUCACAUUUGUUACGGUUCUGGCCUGAGCUCAGCGCCGAUGAACGGGACUCCUUCCUGGGCGAACUGUCUCAGCUAGAGCCCGAGGAGUUGAGGGAGCACUGCCGGGCGGCUGCAGAAGCUGGCAGCCGGGAUUCGGGUGCUGUGGGGCUGCUGGACCAGCGCAUGGAGCCCAUGUCCGCGGAAUUCAUCGGGAGCGUCAGCAGGAGUGACCAGGAGACUUUAAAACAAUGGGAAGACGAAGGGUUCCGGCAGAUUUCUCAGAACAAAGUGGCUGUUCUUCUCCUGGCGGGGGGUCAGGGCACUCGUUUGGGGGUGCCUUACCCCAAGGGGAUGUACAACGUGGGGCUCCCGAGUGGCAAGACUCUGUACCAGGUGCAGGCAGAGCGCAUCCGCAGAGCAGAGCAGUUAGCAGCUGAGAAGUGUGGCUCCAGCAAGUGCACUAUCCCAUGGUACAUCAUGACCAGUGAAUUUACAUUGGAACCAACAGAGAAGUUUUUCAAGGAAAACCAGUACUUUAAGCUAGACCAGUCUAAUGUGGUCAUGUUUGAGCAGAGGAUGAUCCCGGCAGUUUCGUUUGAUGGGAAAGCCAUCCUGGAAAACAAGUCUAAGGUGGCGAUGGCACCAGAUGGCAAUGGUGGUCUGUACCGGGCGUUGGUGGAUGGGAUCUUUGAGGAUAUGGAGCGGCGAGGAGUUCAGUACAUACACGUGUACUGUGUGGACAACAUCCUGGUCAAAAUGGCAGAUCCGCUUUUUAUUGGCUUCUGUGUGUCGAAAGGAGCAGACUGUGGAGCAAAGGUGGUAGAGAAAGCCUACCCCACAGAGCCGGUGGGGGUGGUGUGCCGUGUGGACGGGGCCCAUCAGGUCGUGGAGUACAGCGAGAUCAGCCUGGAGACGGCGGAGAAGCGAAACACGGACGGGUCGUUGGUGUUCAACGCUGGGAACAUCUGCAACCACUUCUUCACCCUGAGCUUCCUCAAGUCUGUUGCAGAGAAAUUCGAACCCAAGUUAAAACAACACGUGGCUUUGAAGAAGGUGCCCUACGUGGAUGAGGAAGGAAACCUGGUGAAACCUGAUAAGCCCAACGGGAUCAAGAUGGAGAAGUUUGUGUUCGACGUCUUCCAGUUUUCCAAGAAUUUCGUGGCUUUCGAGGUGUCGAGAGCGGACGAGUUUUCCCCUUUAAAGAAUGCCGACCCUGCGGCCAAGGACACUCCAGCCACGGCGCGCCGGGCCCUGCUGGCACAGCACUACCGCUGGGCGCUGGGUGCCGGGGCCAGCUUCCUGGACGGGGAGAACAGGAAGCUGCCGGAGAAGCCCAGUCUGUCCGAAAACGAAGAGCCCCCUGCGGUGUGUGAGAUUUCUCCGUUAGUGUCCUGCUUCGGGGAGGGUCUUGGGGUGCUGAUGAGGGGCCGGGAGAUUCACUCUCCCUUCAUACUUGAUGAAAAGAAAGCAGAAGAGAUCCGGAAGAGUCAAUAACCGCUGGAACUGUUUACAAUAAACCUGGCUGGUCACUUUACUGGAGUAAACAUUCCAGAUUUUAAAAAAAGUGCCUUUUUCUGGGAGAAUGAACAUGAUUUAUACUGUAUUUGAUUUUUAAUUUUAAUUUUUUUUUUUUUUUAAUUUCCUGGCUUAAAAUGUAUUCUGUAUUAAUUAACUCCUGCAUAUAAACAUUUUGUGAAGUUUCAUACGCUAUGCCGAAUGUUGUUUUGUCAAUAUAAAAGCUUUUAUGUCAUUUUUCAAAUGUAAUAACCAAAUCUGUGCUUAAGUACUGUAUGGCAAACAAGGUUCAUGGUGUGAAAGGGUGUCUGCUCAAAAGGGGCUGAAAAUGUAUCUGCAAAAAUAAGUUUAGCAGCUUCCCUUAACAGGGGGAAUACAAGUUUACAUCUAUCUCUAACAGGAAUGGAAGUACGGCUCCUACUGCAGAGCAGGUUCACCCACUCCAGCUUUUACAACAAGCUUGAUUAGCCCCAGUGUAUAGACAAGUCUCAUUAAACUCUUAAUAAAACCAGGAAUGGAUCAAACUGCUAUGCAAUGGGAGCCUUAUUUCCAUCCUUGCUUUUAAAUGCAUAAUCCUGGAGUAAAAGAGAAUAUCGUGCUUGAGCAGACUGCUGUCGAUCAGUAAAUAGCAUUAAAUGUAGAAUUACAAUUACAGCAGCGUGGUUUGCUGGUAUUACAAUUACAAUGCUAUUUUGUUGAAUUACAGUUUAUAAUUAUGCUGCAUCAAUUACACUUAGAACAAGGGUACAUUUUUUUCAUGUAUAAAGGGAAUAUUAUUAAACUGCUGAAGCUGGAGCUCUUCCAGUCCAGCCUGUAUAACUGCUGUCCUGCUCUCUGUUGACAGAGAACUACAGCGACGCCUCAGUAUGUUCCUUUACACUUUGAAUCUCCUGUGCUAGCGCUGCUGUACAUGUGUAUUCAUCAAUAAAAACGCAAUACGACUUCA